CGGCAAGAUUCGGGAGUCUUCUCCCCAUCCAUUUAUCCUUAACCAAGAAAAGCCUACGUUGCAUUCGAGUCCUGUUCAUCCCCUCAACCGUACAAUUACCAAUACUGUUUGAGAAAUAAAUCCGGUAUGUAUGUACGUCUUUUGCUUGACAAUUCACAGAUGGCGAGAGAAAGAUUCGCAGGGGGGAAGGAGCACGGACCAAUCACCGCGCAUGCGCGCGCGGACUUGUGUCUUCCGACAACUACUCCGGCUGUCAGUCGGUAAAGCGUAGGUUCCGUGUAAAGUUGUACGAGGUUUCGAAAGUGAAUGAUCGCGUGCGAAUUCGUGUCUAUUUGCACGUUCAAUUUGUUCACGUAGGAGAGAGAGAGAGUCACGAUGAGCAGCGUGUCAAAAAUUUACGUCGCGUCGCCCGCGUGAACGAUAAACAGUUACGCGGGUGAUUGGUGUUGUGUUAGCCGAAGGGAGUGUCGUUAACCUCGCUCUUUAACUCGGAAGAGCCCUGAUAUACUUGGCCGCGCUUGUAAACCGCGCUCAGAUACCCGACGGAGCUGUCAGAUUCGCGAACAUCGCUGCACACGUCGGUCGUUCGAUCAGAAUGUCGGCGUCGGCCGCGUCGUUCCCGGCGUCGCGACUGUGAGAACGACGCGUCCGUCGCGGUGAAGAGAGUGUGUCGUCGGGUUAACCCAACUCCAGGGUGGGCAGCCGUGUUCACGUCCGAGAGAUUUAGAGAGCAUCGAGGAAAAUGGCGGACCUCGAGGCGGUGCUGGCCGACGUCAGCUACCUGAUGGCCAUGGAGAAGAGCAAAUGCACACCGGCCGCCAGAGCUAGUAAGAAGAUCAUCUUGCCCGAUCCAAGUGUACGAAGCGUAAUGCAUAAAUAUUUGGAAAAGAAGAAAGAAGUGAACUUCGAUAAAAUAUUCAAUCAAAUGUUUGGUUACCUCUUAUUCAAAGACUUCUGCGAGAAUGUGGCGGAGGAGCCGAUUCCGCAACUUAGGUUUUACGAAGAGAUAAAGGCGUACGAGAAGCUCGAAUGCCCUGAAGAGAGGAGAAAACUUGCCAGAAAGAUCUACGACAAUUUCAUCAUGAAGGAGCUGCUGGCACACUCCCAUGAAUACUCCGCGGAAGCGGUGUCCCACGUUCACAAAUACCUCGUGAAAAACGAGGUACCCGUAAACUUAUUCGAGCCGUAUAUCGAAGAAAUUUUUAAUCACUUAAGGGGAGAGCCGUUCAAGAAGUUUCUGGAGAGCGAGAAGUACACUCGAUUUUGUCAAUGGAAGAACUUGGAGUUAAAUAUGCAGUUGACGAUGAACGACUUCAGUGUGCACCGGAUAAUCGGCAGGGGCGGUUUCGGCGAGGUUUACGGAUGCCGGAAGGCGGACACUGGGAAAAUGUACGCGAUGAAGUGCCUCGACAAGAAGCGAAUAAAAAUGAAACAAGGGGAAACUUUAGCGCUCAACGAAAGGAUAAUGCUUUCGGCAGUCAGUACCGGAGUGGAUUGUCCAUUUAUAGUAUGCAUGACGUAUGCCUUCCAAACGCCAGACAAGCUCUGUUUCAUUCUGGAUCUGAUGAACGGUGGUGACCUUCACUACCACCUCAGCCAGCAUGGAGUAUUCAAUGAAAGAGAGAUGAAAUUCUACGCAGCAGAAGUGAUACUUGGAUUAGAGCACAUGCACCGUAGGUACAUCGUUUACAGGGAUUUGAAGCCAGCAAAUAUUUUGCUGGACGAGCAUGGACACGUUAGGAUAUCAGAUUUAGGAUUGGCCUGUGAUUUCUCGAAGAAGAAACCGCAUGCAAGUGUAGGAACUCAUGGAUACAUGGCACCGGAAGUGCUGUCGAAGGGAGUGACCUAUGAUUCCAGUGCUGAUUGGUUCUCGUUUGGUUGCAUGUUGCACAAAUUGUUGAAGGGUCACAGUCCGUUCAGGCAGCAUAAAACCAAAGACAAACAUGAAAUAGAUCACAUGACAUUGACCAAGAACGUCGAGCUACCAGAAACGUUUUCGCGAGAGCUGCGCUCUCUGUUGGAAGGUUUGCUGCAACGCGACAUCAACAAUAGACUUGGUUGCCGUGGCAGAGGGGCCGACGAGUUGAAGGAACACCCGUUUUUCAGCGGUAUCGAUUGGCAGCAAGUUUAUCUACAGAAAUACACACCGCCGCUUAUACCGCCACGCGGUGAAGUUAACGCCGCGGACGCGUUUGAUAUCGGCUCGUUCGACGAGGAAGACACGAAAGGUAUCAAACUGACGGACGCGGACCAAGAUCUGUACAAAAAUUUCCCUCUGACCAUCUCUGAAAGAUGGCAGGCCGAGGUAGCCGAGACUGUGUUCGAGACAAUCAAUAACGAAGCGGACAAGUUGGAGAAUAAGAAGAAAGCUAAGCAAAAGCAGCGGUUUGAUGCCGAUGAAAAAGGAUCAGACUGCAUUUUACAUGGUUAUAUUAAGAAAUUAGGCGGUCCUUUCGCGAGCGCUUGGCAAACGCGUUACGCGAAACUUUACCCUAAUAGAUUAGAAUUGCAUCCCGAGUCCACGACGAAACCUGAGCUUGUUUUCCUCGAUCAGGUAGAAGAAGUCAGCGCUGACCUCCAGCACGUGAAGGGAGAACAAUGUAUUAUCAUCCGUACGAGAGAUGCGAAAAUAGUACUUACAUAUCCCGAUGAGAUCAGUUUAAAGGAAUGGGCGGUGUCGCUAAGAUCCGCGCACAAGUGUUCGAUGGAGAUGCUGGGGAACAUGGCGAAGAAAGCAUUCAAGAUAUACGGGACUGAACGGGACGCGGUGAUUCCGCCGAUGCAGCGCUCCGCGAAUAGCAACUAGCCCAUUGCUAAUACCUGCACGCCGUCGUCAUACUCCAGUCCCACUGCCUCCCAGCAGGAGCAACUUUUUUUAUACUGAAAAUCAACGCAGAGAGAGAGAGAGAGAGAGACCUAGAAGAAUUUCCAGCACGGAUGAUACAGGCGAGAGUGGUCGGUGUCUUCUCCCUCUACGGCCAGCAGUUCGCGGGAUCAGAAUUAAUCUAAGUCUCGGAAACAGCUCCAAAGAAGAACUCCCUUUAAACGGCGGGUAGCGUCGCGCUGUAUAGAGACUCUAGGAAGUAGUGUCGUACGAAUCGUCACGUCGUUAUAUUUGUACGUUAGCUGUAUGUGCAAUGUGGCGUAGGAACUAGCGACUGAACAAUGCCCAUCGACACAAGCGUGCGUAUGCGCGCCCAUUCACCUAAAUACUUCAUUCAGGACACAUACACAUGCACGCAGGAUACGUACAGUACCGAGCAAGGUGGACAAUCGUAGAGAAAAUGGUUCCGACCGUUCGUGUGUUAUAUUUUUUUAGUUAUACAGUAAAUCCUAUGAUAAUUUUAACUUUUUCUAAACUAGUAUAUUUAAAAUUAGAAUUUUUUAAAUUCCUCCUGUCCGCUGUUUUAACUAGAGAAGGCUACCGUGCUCUGUGCUGUACAUUCAGGUGCAACGUCGACUUCUCUUGAUUAAGGGGAAAGGUAGAGGAGAGUCUUCCACCAUUUGUCUCAGAGAAUCUAACUUAGAAUCUCCUGUCCUUCCAUGUAAAGAACGUGGGCAAGUGAAACAAAUAGUAGAACGCUUCUUCUCUUAUAAAUUUCCUCUUAACCAGGCAUGCACACGAAAUUAUCCAUAUGGCGGUCGAGUGCCCUGUUUCACUACUUGCUGUGCACGCCUGCCCUUAACUAAGGGAAAGCCAAGUUGCACGUAAUCGUACAUAUAUAUAUACACACAUAUAUAUAUAUAUACUACAAUACAUGUACACACAGUGGACACGAAAAUGCAACCGGUAGUGUAUUAUUGUUAUAUCAGUACGAAAUACGCCCUGAUUCCCAUUAUACUUCUUAUAUAUCGUUCUAUACCGCUCGUUUACUUAAUUUAUUUACUAAUGCAGAACGAUUUUAUAUUGUCGUUACGUAAACGGUAACACACACACACACACAUACAACACGCGCGCGCGACAUUCGUUUAUUUAUUGUGUUGAAGGAAUCGAGAAAAGAAAUGAAAAGAAAUGAACAACUUUGGAACAGUUUGUACAUUGUCGGCAACCAACCGAGGAUCGCUGUGUAAUUAAUUUGUGUACGUUCGAACGGAUACAGGCGAGUUCGGUCCGGCAAUAAAAUUGUGCGACGAACGUAC